UCUUCCCUUUAAACAAGUUCCGCACCUGCACAAGAUGAAGCUCUUUGUGAACAGUAUAGUCCAUUAAACUCAGUUGCUGUAAUUGUGGACGGCCUUGACGUUAAAGUUUCGGUUUCAUACCCUGUGCGUGUGCAUAUUUGGAAAUUCUACUUUUGGUUUGAAGGAAGUAUUUUUGUGAAUAUCGAGAUCGCUCUUUGAAUACGCUGUUGAAUUAUCAUCAUGUUCCAUGCGACUGGCAAGGAGGUGACGUUUGCUAUAGUAAUAUGCCUCAGCUAUAUGAAGGCGGUAGCAAAUCCGUGUCCUGCAUCUAUCCCAACUUUGGUGGAAGUCCCAAGAUGUCCACGAGACAAAUCUGAAUGGGAUCAAGCGGCGUCGCGGAAACAGUGUCAUAAGAUUGCUGCCAUUCAGAAAUGCACUGAUCCUGAAAAGUUUGUGUAUCACUGCUUACUGAAUGAAUGGACAAACGGAACGGUAGAAAUAUGUGCUCCAACCUGGUUCAUUUCUGGAUACUGUGCUAUGUAUAGUGUGCAGGAAGAACGGAUCAAAGAAAGUACAUCUUUAGACUGUACAAACUUCACAGAUCCAUGCGGAGCGAGAUACACAUCAUCGGAUGCCUACAUGUAUCAAAGUUGUUAUCAGGAAAUUAAAAAGAUGCCAACAUAUAUUCCUGGGAAUUUGACAAUUCUAAAGAUCAUUCUAAGGAACCCAGUGUUUAUUGUGUCUACGGUUGGAAUAGUUAUAUUGGCUGCUUUUACAGGAAUCGCAGUAUAUAUAAUAUGCAGAAAGAUUUGUAAGGUGUGCAGACAUGAUAACGAGAAACCCAGCACAGAAGAACCAGAAACAGAGAUAUUGAUGAUUAAAAGACAAGAUGGACUGAAACCAGCACCAGGGUAUGGAGAUAAUGGAUCUUUUCCUUAAGUCGAAUAUGCACAUUAUAUAUAUAUAUAUAUAUAUAUAUAUAGAGAGAGAGAGAGAGAGAGAGAGAGAGAGAGAGAGAGAGAGAGAGAGAGAGAGAGAGAGAGAGUUUCCCCAUCUCUUAGCAAUUCAUCGACAAAACGCAAUGUUAUACACAUACUCCAAAUACAUAGAUGGAUGAUAAUCAAAGCGUAUGUGUGAGAACAAAGGAAGAUAAUCAAAGCAUAUGUGUGAGAACAAAGGAAGAUAAUCAAAGGGGAAAUACACGUGCUUACAUAUCAAUACAUGUGACAGCAUGACUAGAGGUUUAAGAUGAUAUAAAAUAUUUCAUAAUGUUGAUAUUGAAAUAAAUUUUGUGAUCAUUGUUAUAAGAUUUUAUUUGAUUUGAAUAUUCUUAAAGCAGUAUUGGUUUGAGAUCGUGAAUCCAUUGUAUGUGGAUGUUAUAUUGAUACAAUAUGAUUUAAAUUAUAUCAUGUAUUGUCAGAGAGAAAUAUAAUGUUUAAUAUUUGUUUUGAUAUGUGUAUAUAUUGUAAAAUAAACGGAAAAAAACUU